CUCUCUAACCCGAUAACCCAAGGCGAGUUUCUUCCCGUCUCUACUUGUAUGAUUCGGGCCCGUCGCUCCUUCUGUCAUGGGUGGUGUCUUCGUCGAGGAGGUAGGAGACGUGAACGUGUAUAUGAUGAAGGAUGGUCCGGUCGUCGAAGCCGGAUUGGAGGCGGACCGGGAACCACAAGAUGGCUUCCCGCGUGGUUGAAGCAGACAAACAACGGAUACAGUGCUUGACUCCUGAAGCGCAUCAGGCUUUGUUGCUUCCAGCAAGAAUUCUACUCGGAAGUCGGGCCGGGAGAUGUGGAUGUAGUGUUAGUGGACUUGCAUCACUCGCUGGAGCAUCCGCAUCUCUGUUCUGCCCAGACAACCGCGUCAGUCGCCCUGGUGGACGAUGAAGAGCUUCGGAUGAUGCUCUAGCUCGCUGCUACCAGUUUCAACCCCCUUAGCCUGCGCCUU